AUGGUUGCAUGGGUGCAAAUAGAAGGCAAGGAAAAAAUAAAAACACUCAAUAAUACAAGUAGCAUUCUCUUUUCCAAACUUUCUUAUUCUCUUCCAAAUACUUUACAUUUUCUCCACCUACCCAAAACUUCCAUUCAACCGUUGGUUAUAUUUUUCUUUUCAACGACCGUGAUUUCCUUGAUUAAAUAUGUUGAUAUUCAAAAUGUAAUGGAUGCAUCUGCAAGUCUUGAUCAUUCAUGUCUUCCAUCACAUGUGAUAGGAACAGAGAUGAUAUACACAGCUAGAGGAAGACAACAUUUGUUCGAUAUAGAUCAAGAGGAAGACAACAUUUGUGUGAUAGGAACAUAGAUGAUAUGUACAGCAAAAAAAGACAACAGUUGUAUGAUAGGAAUAAAGAUGAUAUACGCAAUACGAAGAAGACAAUACUUUGUUUGAUAAGAACAUAAAUGAUACAUACAACAAUACGAAGACAACAUUUAUUUGAUAGAAACACAAAUUAUAUAUACAACUAUAGGAAAAAGUAUUUCACUGUUUUAUUUUAUUUUAUUGUCUUAAGGUUAAAUAUAAAGACAAUUCACAUGUACUCUAAGUUCGCAUUUUGAGAUCAUGUUGAAUUUUUAAAAUUAAGGAACAAGUUAUUAAAUGUAAGGAUUGAUUGUCUCCAAUAAUCUGGUUACUGCUUAACUUUCUCAUA